GUCGCCGGCUGAUUCAAUCCAAUCCAUCCAAUUCAAUCAAUCCAACCCAGCCUACACAACCAAAUCAAUGCAACAAUGGGGAUAACAGGCUAAUCAAUAAUGGGCUGGGUGUACAAUCUCCACACAACCGACCCGCACAGCCAUGUCGCCCGCGUCGUCGGCCUGUGUCUUGCGUUCUCGAUCCUCGCGUGUGUUGCUGUCGCGCUUAGGUUCUAUGUCCGCGUGCAUACAAAGAGGAGGAUCUGGUGCGAUGAUUUUGCCUCGUUGUUGAGCGCUAUGCUCGGCAUGGCGUAUGCGGGGGUUUCGGUUGAGCAAACGCGCUGGGGCCUCGGUCUCAGCGAGGAGUAUUUCCCUGAUGCGAAUAUCGUCAUGUUUGGCAAGAUCCAAUACGCCGGCGGCCCCCUCUACACCCUCGCACUACUCGGCUUCAAAGUCUCCCUGCUGUGCUCGUACAUCCGCAUCGGCGGCUUCGUCAAAGCCUACCGACUGACCAUCUUCGUGGCCAUCGUGGCGUGCGUGCUGAACCAGUUGGCUUUUACCUUUGUUUUGACGUUUGCGUGUUGGCCGGUGGCUAAGCAGUGGGAUAAUUCCAUCCCGGGGGUUUGUAUGAACACUAUUGCUUCUUAUUAUGUAACCGGCCUCGGAUUCGAUAUCAUCAUUAUCGCGCUUCCUCUGCCCGUUUUGUGGAAGUUGCAGCUUAGGUUGCGGCAGAAGAUCGCCCUCGUCGGCGUCUUCGCCCUCGGCUUCUUCAUCACCAUCAUCCAGAUCAUCCGCAUCUGCACGAUCCGCAACCUGCGCACCUGGACCGACAGCGAGCCCGUGGUCAUCUGGUCGGAUGUGGAGAUUAGUUUAGGGGUAAUGAUAACCUGCAUCCCCACCUACGGCCCCCUCAUCCACGCCAUGGCCACCACCCUCUCGUCUCCAGCCAACACCACCACCACCACCACCACCACAACCAACACCUCCUCCCCUCCCACACGCACUCCAACUCCUACUCCCCCCAAAGCACAAAAUCCAAAUCCUCUGUCCGCGCCUACCGGCACCGCAAAGCUUCAUCCUCCCGCAAGCCCUCUGCCGCUGAGAUCGAACAUGCCAAGGUACCGUUUACUCGGGGUCUGAAUCGGAAUCGGAAUCAGAAUCAGAAUGCGGCUGGGUUGGGAACGGGAGGAGGCACGAAUACCACGGCUAUUACGGCGCUGCAGCCCGCCAGGACGAGGUCCAGGGGCGGGGGCGUGGUGCCGGUGUUGAGUCGCGGGUGGAGUUUGACGGGGUUGAGUCUGAAGAGUGG